CGGGCCGCGGGGCGUGAGGUGACAGGUGAGGGGGGCGGCGGUGGCCUGAGCAGCGGAGACGCGGCGGCGAUGCUGGAGACCCUGCGCGAGCGGCUGCUGAGCGUGCAGCAGGAUUUCACCUCCGGGCUGAAGACUUUAAGUGACAAGUCAAGAGAAGCUAAAGUAAAAAACAAACCCAGGACUGUCCCAUGUUUGCCGAAGUACUCUGCUGGACUAGAAUUACUUAGCAGGUAUGAAGAUACAUGGGCUGCACUCCACAGGAGGGCCAAGGAAUGUGCAAGUGCUGGAGAGCGGGUGGACAGCGAGGUGGUCAUGCUCUCCGCGCACUGGGAGAAGAAGCAGGCGAGCCUCCGGGACCUGCAGCAGCAGCUUCAGCAGCUUCCAGGCCUCAUCGCAGACUUAGAAUCCCUGACGGCAAGUCUGACUCAUUUAGAGGCUAGUUUUGAGGAGGUAGAAAACCACCUGCUGAAUCUGGAGGAUUUAUGUGGACAGUGUGAAUUAGAGAGACACAAACAUAUGCAGUCCCAACAACUGGAAAAUUACAAGAAAAAUAAGAGGAAGGAACUUGAAACCUUCAAAGCUGAACUCGAUGCAGAGCACUCCCAGAAAGUCCUGGAGAUGGAGCAGACCCAGCAGCUGAAGCUGAAGGAGCGGCAGAAGUUUUUCGAGGAAGCCUUCCAGCAGGACAUGGAGCAGUACCUCUCCACGGGCUACCUACAGGUCGCGGAGAGGCGAGAGCCCAUGGGCAGCAUGUCGUCCAUGGAAGUGAACGUGGACAUGCUGGAGCAGAUGGAUCUGAUGGAUAUCUCUGACCAGGAGGCCCUGGACGUCUUCCUGAAUUCUGGUGGCGAGGAGAACACCCUGCUGUCCCCUAUCUCAGGGCCUGAGGCAAGCCCCGGUCAGGAGGCAGUCACUCUCCAGGUGCCCAGUCCCUCCCAGUCCCCAGCCACACCACCUUCCUCAUCCUCACCUGGUACCGACCCGGCCUCCCGUGACUCCAGCGAAGGCGGGGAGUCACCCGUGGUCCAGUCUGAUGAGGAGGGCGUGGAGGUGGACACCGCCCUUGCCACCUUACACACCGACGACAGCGACUCCUAAGCCUGGGCGCCUGUGCGCCGCCCACCUUGAAGGACGAUGCAGCGUGCACAGAGACCCGUGGUGAAGGUGGGUGGACUGGGGGCGCUCUUGGUUUUUACACAAUUGACAAUAACGUGAGGCAAGUGACUGCAACAGCUAACAAUAAAGUCUGAGAACUUU